AUGGAACCAACAACUACAACACUCUCAUUUCCCUAUCUUCAACUAAUAACAAUCAUCAUAUUCUCAUUCCUUCCUUCUCAUCUAGAAGGUUUGACCUCUACUACUAGUACUACUACUACUCAAGAACCUUUCAACGAAUCCUCAAGACUUCUCGAUCUCCUCCUAAGAGACUACACUCUCAACUUCUUCAAGAACCAACAUAACUCAAUCAAGACCGGCGUUCUCCGGCGUGUCCACCUCCCGUCCAACUACUCCGGCAUAAAACUCGACGCCGUUAGGUUCCGGUGUGGGAGUCUCCGGAGAUACGGUGCUCAAAUCCAAGAGUUCCAUAUCGGUGUCGGAGCGAAUCUUGAGCCGUGUAGUGAACGUCUCGUGGUUGUGAGACAAAUCUUGGGGUCGAAUUGGUCCGAUAUAUUUUACAAGAACUAUGAUCUCUCCGGUUAUAGACUUGUCUCUCCGGUUCUAGGGCUCUUAGCUUAUAACGCAUUAAACGAUGUUGUCUUUGGGAAUACUUUGAGCAGCUCUUAUCAGAUAAGUCUCCUCCUAGACGAUGCUAAAGAUCCGUCCACCGUUUACUUCGGGAACGUUUCUGGACCGUUGACGGUUGAAAGAACGUUCUUGAAUAAGCCAAUGUGCGUGACUUUCGGACUCGACGGUAGAGUAACGUUCGCCGGAGAAGUGAAGCCGUUUGUAUGCCCGGUUAAAACUAACGGACAUUUUGGUCUAGUGGUGAUGGAUGAUCCAAGAGUACCGGAGGGUGGAGGAGAAACGGAGAUGAAGAAGGAGAAGAUCGGACGGUGGAGAUCGGUCGUUGGAGGGCUUGUUGGGUCUGUGACGGUGGGGGUGGUGCUAUUAGCGUUUGUGGUGGUGGGUGCGAUUGUGACGGCGAAGAAGAGGAGGAGAAGGGCAAAAAGGGAAGAGAUGGUGAGAAAAGCUUAUGAAGAAGAAGCUCUUAGAGUAGUGACAAUGGUGGGGCAUUCUAGGGUUCACGUUGCUUCUGCUACAAGGACUUUGCCGGGUUUCAUGGAACAUGAGUGUGUUCCUAAUUAA